AUGGUCUUCCUGAGUCAACUCUCUUUUGCUAUAUUAAGCACCAGUCUGUUCCUAACGGGUGGUUCUGCUUUUUCUGACAGCCCUGGACACCCACUCCAGCUGGCCAAACGCCUUCCAAACGAUUGGGAUAUUUUCAAUACCUGGCAGGAGAACUGUGAAAUAUAUCCUUACGAGUGCAGCGAGCCCUACGACGGUGCGGUUGGAAAUUUUGACAAGAAGGCCGGAACCGCCGAUUGGGUAGGCGAGGAAUGCAUAGAAUACACCGCCACUUUUAGCCCGAAACCCAUAGCCUCUGGCUUAGCAGCCGCGAUCUACAAAGGCUCCCUGGAGACCAAGAAGGAUGGAGAAGUGACCAAAACACAAGAUGUGGUAUUCAAGCGAGCCCCAGGUGACAGUUCUUAUGAGGUCCUGUAUGGUGCGUCUCUGGCGAAGGAUCUCUCUAACGACGGUGAUAAUAUCCUUGCGCCUAUCGAUUAUUUCAUGUCAAACCCCGAUGGCCGUAAGGCAGGGAACGCCGUCUACCCUUAUGUCUCGGGAGGCUCCAUUGAGUCAAGUUGGGGCUCGUUCACGAGCCAAGACUCGGUCAAUAGUGCAUUCAAGCAGAUGCUUGCCGCAUUGAAUACUGUCGCGUCGCCGGAGUCAUUCACCGGGAUAUAA